UAUGUUCAGACCACAUUCUAGUCGAUGAAUGUCGCUAUACCGUUCUAAAUCUCCUCUGAGAUCACCUGUCUCAAAGUCAACACCCAAGUAUAAUAGCUCCCUCAGAAGGAGUGCUAGUUUUGGAAAGUCUAAGAAUGUUGCCAACUCUACUCUCAAUAAAUCUUUGGGCUCAGCUGGAUUAGACCUGGCUACUGUUGAGAGUGAAUACAUCAAAAACUUGCAGCAGCAAGUAUACUUCCUUGAACUUGAAGCAAACUUUUUACGCGAUCAAGCCCAAAAAGCAGAUACCCUCUCCAAACAUAGUGCAGCAGAUGAAGCUUCCAAAUGGAGACGAAGGCUCAAAGAUGUUGAAAUUGAACAAGAUUCCCUUAAGAGUGAGAUCAGGCGCAAAGAGAUAGAAGCUGAUGCUGCUGAGAUGGAGAGAAGGCAGUAUGUCAAGGAGUUAAAAUCCCUGAAACAAACAGCAACUGCUGAAAAAUCACAUCUGCUUGAUGAGAUUGCUACAUUACGACACAAAGUGGAUGACACCACUCUCUCAACAAAACAACUGGCUAUACAGUUGGAAGCAGCUGAAGAGAGGAAGAUGGCCACAACAAGUGAAUGUCUUGACACAAAAAGUAGACUGGCUGUUGUACGUGACCAGUUAGAUCGCACACUUGGUACCAACAAAGAUUUGAGAGAGGAUCUUGUGGACAAAAAGUUGGAAAUAAAGCAGUUCAAGCAACAACUUGGUGAUUUGGAGACGAGAUAUCUCACUCAGGCAACAGAACUAAAAGAAGCAGCCAUCACAGAUAUGAGAACAAAACUGGCUGAUAUGCGAGUACGAAUGAGAGAACUUGAGGUAACCUCUGAAUUGGAUAAAAGCUUGAAAGAAAAAGCUUUGGAAGAUUCAAACUACACUUCAAAAACUAAUUCAAUCUUGAGAGAAGAGUUGUGUGACCUCAAAGUUCAGCUUGGUAAGGAGAGAGAACUAUAUGAGAAGCAGUCCAUACAAAGAUCCAUGGAUUCAGAUGAAAUUGCCACUUUGAAAUAUAGAAAUAAGCACCUUCAAGAUGAAAUAGAUAACCUCAAUGACAACGUGGCGAAAGAAAAGAAGAAAGCUAAAAACUAUCUCUGUAAGCUUGCCGAAACUGAUGCUGACAUUUCAGCUAAUCGAGCUAACGAAACUCUUCUGCGAAACAAACUUGCGGACGUGGAAAUCACCAAGGAUGCCAAAUCUCAUGAAGUCUCCUCCCUUCGUAAAGAUAAAAACCUGCUCCUUGACCAAGUGAUUGACCUUCAAUCCAAGUUAGACUUAAAAACAUCAGAAGUCGGUAGUCUUGCAUCUGAGAUAGAAUUCCUAAAGUCCAAGGUUUCAGACCUGGCAUCAGAAGCCCGGCUCAACAAAUCACUUGAGACUAGAAGAUGGGAAGAUAUCGAAAACAUGGCUGAAAAAAUUCAUCGAUCUCCGUCCCCCCGUCCCAGGUCUCCGUACAAGGUACACUGAUCUAACACCAGAUCAAACUAUAUCAUCUGGACCCAUAUCUGAUUAAAGAG